AACAAGAAAUAGCACUCGUCUGAACGCUUUUGUCUCCAAAACAAUAAAAUGGUUCAGUUUUUUUGCCUUUGCUCGUUUCGGCUCAUGUCAAAAAACGACACCCGAACACCACCAGCACCGGCUUUAACUGGAGAAAAUCCAUCAGGUCAAAUUUUCUAAAUUACAAUUCAAACGAAAUAAAGCCCAAAAUCCUGUUAAUUGUAUCCAGGCUUCAGAGUGAUUAUUAUUGUCAUGCCCCAAUCUUUCACCUGGAAGGAGAUUUCUGCUUGUGGGAUAUCCCUCAUCGGAAUCCUAUACACUUUAAAUCAAAUCUAUAAGACCUCCAGUCCAAAACUAUCCAAAUUAUCACCCCCAGAAAUUGGUGUCGAAGGUCUAAUAGGUAAUACACCUAUGAUCUUGAUCAAAUCGUUAUCAAAACACACCGGUAAUAACAUAUAUGCCAAACUAGAGUACAUGAACCCUGGUGGUUCUGCAAAAGAUCGUGUUGCAUUAGCCAUAAUUCAAUCAAAUCAAGAUAAUUUAAAGAAAGGUGAUAGAAUAUUUGAAGGAACUUCAGGCAGUACGGGGAUUUCAAUUGGUACCGUUGGUAAUUCAUUAGGUUAUAAAUCAGAAAUCCAUUUACCGGAUGAUACUUCACCUGAUAAAUUGGUUUUAUUUGAAACUUUAGGUGUUGAUAUCAAGAAAGUUAAACCUGCAUCCAUUGUGGAUCCAAGUCAAUAUGUCAAUAGUGCUAAAAAUGCUAAUGAAGUUUUCAACAAUAGUGGUGAUGAGAACAAUGGUGUGUUUGCUGAUCAGUUUGAAAAUGAUGCUAAUUGGAGAAUUCAUUAUAAAACAACGGGGCCAGAGAUUUAUAAACAAUUACAAGGUAAAAUUGAUGUUUUCAUAGCUGGUUGUGGUACAGGUGGGACCAUUGCUGGUGUUUCAAGAUAUCUAAAAGAGAAGCUAUCAAAUGUGGUUACUAUUCUAGCUGAUCCUCAAGGUAGUGGGUUCUUCAAUAGAAUUAAUUAUGGAGUAAUGUAUACAAAUGAAGAGAAAGAAGGUACACGAAGAAGACAUCAAGUGGAUACUAUAGUGGAAGGUAUUGGUCUUAAUAGAAUCACACAUAAUUUUAGCAUGGGAGAAGAAUAUAUAGAUUAUUCAUUAAAGAUCAAAGAUGAAGAAGCUAUCAAGAUGGCUAAAUAUUUAAGUGUUAAUGAUGGGUUAUUUAUUGGAUCAUCAACUGCUAUAAAUGCAGUUGCUGCUGUACAGGCAUGUCAACAAAAUGGAUGGAAAAACAAGAAUAUAGUGAUUAUAGCGUGUGAUUCUGGUACUAGACAUCUGAAUAAGUUUUGGAAAGAAGCAGUCAAAGUGCCAAAUGAUGUUAAACUAGAGGAUAUAGUAUAAUUAAGUAUAGAAAUUACAAUAAGAUGGUCAUAAUUUACAGGGAAAAGUCUGGAAAUGAUUACAUAAUAUUGAGUUUGUGUUACGUAAUCGAAAAAGCAACUGCGAAUUAUUUUUUUGAUCCCUUCGAAGAUCAGUUUCAAAAUGAAAAACAGAACUAAAAAUUUAGAGCCAGAGUGUUGCUAAAUUUAGGGAUAGAUAUUGUUAUUGAUUUAUGUGUAGAAAGCCUUUGUAAAGACUAGUUAGAUCAAGUGUACGUGGUGAUUCUUUUACUCAAAUGAACUUCCCAGCCCAAAGCACCGCAUGUGCU